AUGUCGUCACUACAGCAAGUUGAAAUACCAACCAUACCAGACCAGCCUGAACAGGUGGAGGCACCCCAGCAGGUGUUGCAGCGGCCACCAGCCACCAGCGGCGCGGAGUACUACUUUGACCAGAUGUCCAACUACAUGGGCGAGCAUCCAGUGAUCACCACGGUGGGAUUCUUCACACUUGCAUAUUUGGCAGGUACUGUAUUCAAAUCCAGUUCCAGCAAGGGCUUUGCCAAGGGUGGCUUCAAACCUAAGAUGACUGCGCAGGAAGCACUGAUGAUUCUCAACAUGAAGGAGAGUAACCUCACCAAGAACAGGCUCAAGGAGAACCACAGGAGAAUCAUGCUGUUGAAUCACCCGGAUAAAGGUGGUUCUCCGUUCUUGGCCACAAAAAUCAACGAAGCCAAGGACUUUUUGGAGAAGAGAGGAAUCAGGAAGUAG